UUGGGCGGAACACAUAAUGCAUUAGUGCGUUGUGCCAUCAGCCAUGUUGGUUUUGUCAUUCCGGUAUUAGAUUGAAUUGAGUUUGUUUUUGUGCGGUACUGUACGUUGGUAUUGUGAUUCAUUCCGCGAUUUAUUAUUAAUUAACCAUAGUGACUCUUUUACAAAACAUCCCAUUUGUUUAAUAUCUUCAUUUAACAGCGUCGUUUUAAUAGUGACCAAACUUCUAUUUUCGUAGGAGAAUGGCUGAUGAAGCAGGAUCAGAUGAAAUUUUUGAGAGGCUGGAGAACGGUCAAGACGGGGAGAAUGUGGAAGAAAUGGAUGGAGGGGAUGAGACUAACAGGGGCGGAAGGGUUGACGACCCUGAGUUGGAAGCAAUAAAAGCUCGUGUGCGAGAGAUGAAAGAAGAGGCAGAGAAACUAAAGCAGCUCCAGUCAGAAGUGGACAAACAGAUGAACCUAGGCAGUCCUCCCUCAAUCACAAGUCCUUUGAAUUUAUCAUUGGAGGAAAAAAUAGAAGUGGACAACAGGUCGAUAUAUGUUGGCAACGUAGACUACGGUGCAACUGCUGAAGAAUUAGAACAACAUUUUCAUGGCUGUGGAUCAAUAAACCGAGUGACAAUUUUGUGCAAUAAGUUUGAUGGCCACCCAAAAGGUUUUGCUUAUAUUGAGUUUGCUGACAGAGACUCUGUUUCAACUGCUAUGGCUUUAGAUGAAUCUCUCUUUAGAGGCAGACAGAUAAAGGUGAAUCCCAAGAGAACAAAUCGACCGGGCUUGAGCACCACAAAUAGAGGAUUUCCACGAGGAGGCCGAAUGCGAGCCAGGGUCAGUAGAGGUUCCUACUAUGGCUACCGUCCCACAAGGAGGCCUAGGAGUUAUAGGCGUGGUUCAUACUAUUUCCCAUACUAAUACAAUAGUCAGUACGACGAGAUUUAAAAUUAAGUGUUCCCUUGAAAAGGAAAAUACCGUUCAUCUCCCAGAGAAAUUUUAGUUAAUUUUAGUUCAUUUCUUUGUAUUUGAAUCUUUGAGUAUUUUUCUACAAUUAUUGUUUUAAAAUAAAAAUUAUAUACUAAUCAUCUGCCUAAUAAAUAGGUAAAUCAUCAGUUGGAAAUUAUUAGAUUAGAUUAUUUUGAGAAAGAAGAUAAAAACUCAUACAAUAAAUAUUCUCUUAUAAGUAAUAUAAUCAUUAUUUUGGUGUAGUCAACAAGAAAUUAUGAAGUAUAAAGUUUUUUUAGUGUGUGACUGGCAUGUUUUUGUAUUAAUUUACUCUUUUUACUGCUCA